GGAGAUCAAGUCGAAGCACUCAAAUGGGUUGACGAUGAGACUCGAGAAUGGUACUGCGCCCGUGUUGUGACCAACGACAACAAUAAGAAAAACGGCGACGCUGCGCAUUAUGCAGAUAAAUCGGUCUUAUUAGUACAUUACGAAGGAUGGACAGCAGACCAUGCUGACUGGGUAGGCGCUUCGUCUAUCCGUCGGAUACCAGAGGAUCAUGGGGCGCGGAAGCGGUUACGGUAUGGACCUCAAGGCAAGGAAAGUGAGACUUCGUGGGCGGAUUAUCGGACUUUCUAUUAUUCGCAAGAAGCUAUGUCGUUGGUGAGGCACCAUACCGGCCUUGUCCAGGACCAACGGAUGGGCUGGCACGACUGCCCUUGUCAUUCGCAAGAACACAUUCAUCCUGAGCGGCCAGAUCGCAUCAAUGCUAUUCUGAAAGCGCUACAUAAUGCUAGGCUUCUGCGAUACUUUGGUCGUAUGCGUGCGCGAGAAGCUACGAUCGAAGAAUUGUUAAAGGUGCACAGUCUAUUGCACGUAGGCAGUUAUUGCCCGGUGGACACGGUGGAAAGCGUAGCCGAUAAUCUCAUGACUGAGUCAAACCCUCCAGAAACAACGGCAUUACCGUCAGCUGAAAAGACAACCGAUCCAGCCCCGGCACGGGCUCAAGGUGUAGAAGGUGGCAAAGUGGUCAAGGCAGAUAAGAAUCAAAUCAGGAAGCAGCGCCGUCGAUUCUCCAGUGCAGCUGCAUCUCAGGCUGCAUUGAAUGGUACAGCCACCUUGGUAAACCCUCCACAACUUGUCUACGAAAUGAUUUGUGGCGAAUUGGCAAUAGCCGUAGAUACCCCAUUCCAUCCACUUUACACAAGCAUUUCGGCACGCGUUGCAGCUGGUUCAUUGAUGGAAUUGACGGAUCAGGUGGUAGAAGGCUCAUUGCAUAACGGAUUUGCCCUUAUCCGACCUCCUGGACACCAUGCCGAGAAUGAUCGCGCCAUGGGAUUCUGCUUUUUUAACAAUGUUGCAGUGGCGGUGGCGUCAACCCUGGAAAAGCACUCAGACGUAAUUAAGAAGGUUCUUAUUAUUGAUUGUCAUGGCAAUGGAACGGAAAAGAUCUUUUACAAAGAUCCCAAUGUGCUGUACAUAUCAUUACACCGGUGGGAACAUGGUAGCUUUUAUCCACGCAGUGGCGCACCCGAUCAAUGUGGCGAGGAUGCUGGUGAAGGCCGUAACGUGAACAUUGCAUUCAACACGUCUACGGAGAAACCAAGUACGUGCUAUUUUUUUUGUUUACUACUCUCUUUGAUAUUUGUUUCGGCGGGCUUUGAUGCGGCUGAGGGGCAUCCAGACAAUAUUGGUGGCUAUCAAGUGACGCCUCGAGGAUUUGCAAUGCUUACUAAACUGACCAAGGAUUUGGCUGAAGAAAUAUGUGGCGGUCGACUUGUCCUUAGUCUUGAAGGAGGUUACGAACUCGAGCCACUUGCCAAUAGUGCUGCUGCUAGCGUUGCACAACUGUUACCAGCCGAGCUUGUUCCGGACGUUCAACUCAAAUACGAAGGAUCUAUACGAAGCGUAAAGCCGAAUCAUGGCGCCGUCCAGUCACUUCGCACGGUUGCUGAGAUCCAACGCAAAUACUGGAAACUUUCGGACGAAUUUACGGAUGAUCCCACGUUUCGUUUUAUGUUGCCAGCGGAAUGGCGUGCCAAGGAUAGCAUUUCGAUCAGACCAAAACGGACAGUCAAACCGAUCAAAACUACAGCUGUCGAAGGAUACUAG